AUGCCGGCCUGGAAGCGAGGGAUCAUCCAGCGGAGGAAGAUGAAGCAGGAGAGUUUGGGCGACAGGGAGAAGGAGAGGGACGCCUGUGUGCUUCAAGUGGACACCAGAUCUCUUUCUGAUGGUCUGAGCGACACCGAUAGCUCCAUAACCGUUAAUCUGGGAAGCGAACCGUCGCUCAGUCCAGACCCGGGACUGUGGCUGGAUGCAGAGCCCAAACUAGUGAGUCAGGUGUCUGUGGAAACCAUCGUCCCAGUCCAUGAAAAUCCAUUCAUCCGCACACAGAGUGCAUGGAGGAAGGACAGGGAUGGAGAAGUAGGGAGUCAAGAUGGGGAGUCAGGGAGAGGGCGAGAUAUAGAGGUGAAAAUAGAGAGAUUUAGGGAUCUGAGUGAAGGACGGGAAAAAGAGAGGAGCAGGGACAGGAGUGAAGGAAGAGAGAACAGCAGGGAGGGAUGUGAGAAAGACAAAAUCCAAUGGAAGGAGUUGGCUAAGGAUGCAGCCAGGGAGCAGGAAGUCCUCAAAGUGAGAUUAGACACUGAAGAAAAAGAUGCUCAUCCACCAUCUGGUCCGUUUCCACCCAAUGUUCCCUGUCUCCGAACCAUCCGAGCUGACAACAUCAUCAUCAUCGAGCAGGACAGGAAAAGCAGCGAUGAGAGAAGAGGAAGAUGGAGGCAGGUGGAGAGGGAGAGGCCCGAAGAGGAAAACCAGGGGAAGAGAGGGAUGAAGAUGGAUCUGAGGGAGAUACUGGCUGGAGGAGGAAGCGUCACUGAGAUCAGAGCCUCCGAAGUUCUUAUCAUAAAGCCCUCAGCAAGCCCUGAGGAGAAGACUACAGCAAGGAAGGGGAGAGAGGAUGGAGAGGGAAAAGGCAACAUAGAUGUCAGGAGGGACAGUUUGGGUAGGGAGCUGAGGACAGAUGUGUCCUGGCUGAGGGAGAAAGAGACAGUAAAGGAAAAAGAGAAACCGUGGGGUCAGGCAACAGUUAUCAAUAAAGACAACAGGAAGGACAGCUUGGAUGAUAAUGUGUUUGUGGAGAGAGGAGGGAGGGUCAGCCAGCUGCUGAGCAAAUUUGGAGAGCACCCCAAGCCUCCGUCUCGAUCCAAAAGCUCCGAUAAUUUCCUCCAGCUGGGGAGGAGAAAAUACUCAGAAGAUCAGGAUGACCAACAGUCAGAGGAGAGGAAGGCAGAUGUAAAGGAUUUGCUGUUUAAAGGCGUCCCGAAACGUUCAUUCAGCUUCUCUGAUCGAGUGAUCUGUGCUAAAGAGAAUGGAUUAGGUGCCGAAGGAUGUUAUGAAAGGAAAAUGCGUGAGAGGAUACAUUCAGACAGGAUUGGGGCACCGUGGGAAGACGUGACAGGUUUAGGGAAGGAAAACAAGAUCAAACUGGGGUGUGCACAACUUUUAGAUAAAGGCCACUUUGGAAAGCAUAGAGACGGACGUGUUAAAACUGAGAGCGAAGUUAGGAACAUUGAACCUGUUGACAAGAGGGCUGCUGACAAGGUAGUCGAUGCAGACGGAGACAAGGGGUUCACAGUGGCCUCAGUUAAAAACACGGAGGGAAUAUCAUUUGCUAGAAGAGUCCCGAUUAGGCAGGAUGGAAAAGCAAGAGCUGAAAGAGACGUAAAGCGACUGAUGGGUGAGAAAAGUUUGGAAAAGGAAGCAAGUGUAGAGAAAGAUUCAGAAGCAGGAGAACAAAUUGACGCGCAAGAUUGCGGCAAAACCGAUUUUCCCAGAGAGGAUGGAUUGGAAAUCCCACCUGAAACGAGUCACAGUGUCGCUGCAUCAGCAGAGCCGCUCAGUCCAAGUCACCACAGAUAUGAUUCAGCUUUCACAGAGUGUAGUCAGAGUCUACUCUGUGCAGCCACACAUAAAGAGUGGAGCGGUACAGGACCACGAGGACCUUACCUGACGCAUUCUGUUUUGUCCCAACACACGGAGGAUCUUAUCAGCAAAAUAGAAAAAAUAGGAGACACGACUGUAUACAGCAACGAGAGAGGAGAAAGGGCUUACAAGGCUGCUCAAGAAAUGACUAAAGAGAGCAAACAGGAGGUGCAACCAAGAGCAGAUGGUGGAUCAGAGGGUGUCAGUCAUGACAUAACCCCCAGAUCCCCAAAAAGGAUUGCGCCCAUCGGGAUGCCUCCGGGCCCCAUUGAGAUUCAGAUCCCCAGGACUGUGUUUUAUGUUGCAGAAGAAAUGGUGGAUAGAAAAAAGAGUGAGGGUCAAAGUGGUGAGGGACAAGACUGGGAAGGAGGUCGAGGAGUUGAGAGGAGGGAUAGCUGGAGGAUCGGGAAACCACUGAGUCGCAUCGAAUCGUUGCGAGAGAAAAUCCGGCAGAGAGAGCUAGAGAGGCUGCAACAGAGAGAAGCUCAGGACGGCGGUGAAGCUGCAGAGAUCAGUGAUGUUCAGGCAACUGAGGACAGGUACGAAAAGAAGGGACGUGAAACAGAGAAAGAGUGGGAAGCUGCUGCUCAUGUGGAGAGGAGCCAGGUCGAAGCAGACAGAGGACAGGAAGACGCAGCAGUGGUGGCUGACGUCUCACGGGAAGUCGGCGUGUUGAAAACCUGCCCUCAACUUCCUGCUUCUGUUCCGCACUCACAAGCUGUCAGAGCUGAGGAAGUGACAGGCAGCUACGCCACUGCUACCUCUGAAGCUACUUCUGAUAGCUUCCAGAUAUCUGACGAUGAAGACGACUCCCUGAAACAUGUAGAAGAGCAGCUGAGGUGCCACAGGGGCCGACACGAGAGCAGAGAAGGAAAUCGGGGUGAAGAAAAAGAAGAGGAGCUCUCCGAGGAGGAGGUAGAGGAGUAUACGUCGCCUCUGGAUAAAUCUCUCUCCCCUUCGCCGCCUCAUCCCAACUCUCUCGCAGCCAUGAGUCGGAUCUACAAUUUGGAAACUGUGGGUUCGAGGUCGGGCCUGUGUGUGAGGGAGAGGACGGUGGACAUCGCGUCAUCGGUGCACCUUGUUAAAGUAAAACCGCUUAUAUCAACCUCACAACAGAGGGACGGCAAAGGUGACGACAUUUGUGGGGUUCAGUCGAUACAGCGGCAGAUAGAGCAGUUUCAGUUGAAAGAGCAGGAAGCGUUGAAGGCUUCACCAAACACUCCUCUGAAGGACAGAGACACGAAGGGGCAGCAGAGCCCCAAACAAGUGUUCAAGCAGCAUGUAAAAGACGAUGUCAAGACCCAGAAGAAAGAUGAAGAAACAACAGGUCCGAACCCCAAAGUGUCUCUUCAACGCGCUUCUUCGCCAUCAUCUCAGAUCAAGCAAACUAUCACCAUCGCCCCGUCACUGCUCAGGAGCCAAUCUCCAGACAAUACUCUGAAACCUGUAGAUUGUACGCCAACCCCGGCCUCCUCCCCAAGCUCUCCAUCUCCUUCCCCCACCCCCAGUGUCUCUCCGUCACCCAACCCAUCACCCACGCUCUUCUCCAUCAGGAGUGCAUCUGGAGGCCAAGUGAAGAGAGGCGCCACCAUCACGAUCACACCGAAAAAGCCUGUCGGAGGAGGAACAACAGUUUCAGUGGGGCGACCCAUUGCAGCAGGAUCAACCUCUGUAAAGACCCCAGGGCAGCAGACGACCCCCACUGUGGUCGAACCGGUGAAGAAGAAGUACCCAACAGUGGAGGAAAUUGAGGUGAUUGGCGGAUACCAGAAUCUGGAGAAGUCCUGUCUGGUCAAGAAUAGAGGGAUCCCAAAAAGGGGGAAGGUGUGUUUCGAUGAGGACCAGCUGGAGCAGGUGUGCGAAUACCCAUCGGAGACCUUCCUGCUGACCUUCAGCCCCUUCCCCCACGGUGGGGCUCCCCUGGGGAGGAUGGAGAGGCUGCAAGGGGAGGAGGCUCAGGAGGAGGAAGGUGAGGUGGAGGCAGGACCAGUGGUGUUGAAGAGCACGAGGAGCACCGGGAUCACAACGGGGCCACGUCUCAGAGUGGAUGAGUCUUGCCCUCGGUAGAAGCCAGUCACCUUCGCCAAAAUUGCCCAUGUGAUGAGGUCACCAACAUUUUAUUGAACGAUAUUGUGAUUUUUAUUGUGUUUUAAUUAAUUUGAGUUUUGUUUGUAAUCCUCGUGGUGUCUUGUUUUAUCUAGCAUCAGGAUGAAUGAAAUGUACACUUCAGGUUUGGUUCAUGCAGUUCAUUAAAGGGACAUAACUGUGUUCACUGGGAGGAAAAUAUCACUUAGUUUAUUUUCAGGGAAAACGAGGGACAACUGUGAAUGUAUAAGUCUGGUGCAUGUGUUAAACAACCCUCAUGUUUGCACUGCAGGGCGAUGAAAGAUCACUUGUCUAUGCAAUAUAAUGAAACAGAUAAGAUUUAAUUUUUUAGUUAAUACAUUUUAAGAUAGUUUCUUCUGUAUUCUCGUCUUUCUAAAUUUAAAUCGGCAUUGCCUCAGCACAGAAAGAAGACUGUGAUGUUUAUAUCAUCUGGUUUCAUGUGCCUGCUGGAUUUGCCCAUACAGAUGAUAUAAACAUCAGUUAAUGAUAUUAUGUCUGAAGCCUUUCAGCCUCUCAGCGAGCGUUGUGGUGCAUGAGCGGGUUUUGGUGCAAUGUGUGAGGUGAUUUUUCUCAUUGGAGCCUUACUGUUCACAAAAACAACUCCGGUAACAGUUCAGCUAAUGGAUUUAAAUAAAGGUUUUAUUUUGUUUGAAUAGACAGUCAGCAGAAGUCCCCAAGAGGACAAAGAUUUUACAACAUAAAACAACUCGAUUAACAGAUUAACCUCAUCAUAUUGCAGUUGAUAUCUGACUUUUGGCUGUGCAAGAUUUAUUACGUUAUAUAUACAGAUUUUACCAUUUGUACAUGAAUAUUUUAAUUGGUGAAAGAAGAUGCAAACUCUGUGCAAAUAAUUUUUCUAUGACGGUUGAAGAAGCUGGCUUCAAGAGAAAAAAAAAAUCUAAUAAAUAUUUCUGAAAACAC